UGUUGUUUUUUACAUUUUUGGACCAUUAUUUACGUACACACACUGUGUGAAGAGAAGAGAACGCAUGAGGAGAAAUGCUUCUGAAAUAAUUUCAGCCAUUAAUUAAUAGCUUAGAUAACCUAAAAUGUUUGGUUCCUUACGAAGAAUUCUGCAUUGGGGUCCCAUUUGUGUUUUGGGUAUAAUAAAGCUGGUGACAUGGUCCAUGGUGCACCUGAUCGGCAUGUGGUGGCCGCCGCAGGGUUCCCUCGGUGGCGCCAUCCAUGCUUGCUUGUUCCUGUUCCUGUCCGGAGGCACUUUGUACUACUUCCUGCAGUCUUUGCUCGAGGGUCCGGGAUAUGUGCCUUUGGGGUGGAGACCAGCAAAUGAAAAGGACACAGACAAGCUGCAGGUCUGCACAAUCUGCAACGGAUACAAAGCUCCGCGGUCACACCAUUGUAGUAAAUGUGGGCGAUGUAUAUUAAAAAUGGACCACCACUGUCCGUGGAUCAACUGUUGCGUGGGUCACGCCAACCACGCAUACUUCACGCACUUCCUGGCGUUCGCAGUGCUAGGCUGUCUCCAGGCCGCCAUUGUGUUGUCAAUCUGCAUGUACCACGCUUUAAACCGCGCAUGGUACGUCCAGAGCGGCAUACGCGCUCCUCGCGUGCUGCUGACGCUCCCGACGCUGUUGCUGACCCUACUCGCCAUCGGCAUGUGUGUCGGCGUCGUGCUUGCUGUCGGUACUCUGCUCUUCCUACAGAUCCGAAGCAUCCUCCGAAACCGCACCACAAUAGAAGACUGGAUCCUAGAGAAAGCAGUCUCCCGUCGCCAGGAAGCCGGUCUGCCAGACUUCGUGUUUCCUUACGAUCGGGGCUGGACGGACAACUGGCAUAUUGUGUUCAAGGGGCAUCUGUAUGAUGGCCUUACUUGGCCGGUGAAGGAGGGUUGCGGGCAGUAUGAUCUUACACUUGAACAGCUAGCCCAGAAAGCGGACAAGCGCGUCCGCUCCCGUCUCUACACAGCCGUGGCCAACUACUCCGGUCGCUGGGUGCCUCUCUUCAGCAGGCCUAGGGCUGCGCUGGCGGCCCCGUGUACAGACGAGCCCCGUUUACCCCUGCAGCCGGGUGACGUUAUCAGAGCUACGAGGCAGAGGAAACACUGGUUGUUCGGCGAGCGCGUGGAGGAGACCGACGCGGGUCGGGGCCCGCGCGGCUGGUUCCCGCGCGCCGCAGCCGUGCCUACCGACCUGCUCAAGCCUCAUCAUGACUAG